GGCAGACAAAAGUUUGGAGAAGUUCGGCUCGAGCCGAGUGUGAGAGUAAGGGGGGCGGGGGCCGCAGCUGGCGGGCUGGUCGACGCGCGAACAGACCUGCGGACCGGACAGCUGCGGUGCAGGCCCUCCCAGCCCCGCCAGCCCCAGAUGCGUGGGGGACCUUGGCCCAUCCCGCUGGGGGAUGCUGCGAGAUGACGAGCGCCGGGCACCUGGGCCGUCCGCUGAGCCCCUCGGCAUAGCCCGUGCCCCCGGGGCACCCGAGCCCGGACCGAGAGGCGGCCGCGGAGGCGCUGCGGGGUGCUGGCCGGGGAAGGGGCUGCAGGCUCCAGACCCGUGGGCAUGGAGCGGUUAGGGGAGAAGGCCAGUCGCCUGCUAGAGAAGUUAAGAAUCUCGGACUCCGGCAGCGCCAAGUUUGGCCGCAGAAAGGGUGAAGCUAGCAGGUCUGGGUCUGACGGCACCCCUGGGUCAGGCAAAGGGCGCCAAGGUGGGUUGGGGGCACCCCGGAAAUCCGGACACCGAGGAGCUGCUGGGGGUCCUGGGGAUGAGCCGCUGGAGCCGGCCCGGGAGCCGGGCGCCCUGGACGCCGAGCGGAACGCACGCGGCUCCUUUGAAGCGCAGCGCUUCGACGGGCCCUUUUCCGGGGGGCCACCGCCCCCCCGAGUCCUGCCUCUACCUCAGUCCCUACCUCCCGAUUUCCGGCUGGAGACCACCGCCCCGGCCCUCAGCCCUCGCUCCAGCUUCGCCAGUAGCUCCGCCAGCGACGCGAGCAAGCCGUCCAGCCCCCGGGGUAGCCUGCUGCUGGACGGGGCAGGGGCCGGCGGGGCCGCGGGGAGCCGGCCGUGCAGCAAUCGGACCAGCGGCAUCAGCAUGGGUUACGACCAGCGCCACGGGAGCCCGCUGCCCGCCGGACCGUGCCUGUUCGGCCUACCCCUCAGUGGGGCUCCAGCGGGCUACUCCUCCGGAGGGGUUCCGUCCGCCUACCCCGAGCUCCACGCCGCCCUGGACCGCCUGCGUGGGCCCGCGGGGUUCGGCUGCCAGGAGAGCCGCCACUCGUACCCCCCGGCCUUGGGCAGCCCUGGGACUCUGGCCGGGGCCGUAGUGGGAACCGCGGGGCCUCUGGAGAGACGCGGGGCGCAACCCGGACGACACUCGGUCACCGGCUACGGGGACUGCGCCGCGGGGGCCCGUUACCAGGAUGAGCUAAGCGCACUGCUGCGCCUGGCAGUGGGUACCGGUGGGCGAGACGCCGGCGCCCGCGGGGAACCCUCGGGGAUCGAGCCCUCGGCCCUGGAGGAGUCUCCAGGUCCUUUCGUUCCGGAGGCCUCGCGAGCCCGGAUGCGGGAGCCAGAGAACCGAGAAGACUACUUCGGCACCUGUAUCAAGUGCAACAAAGGCAUCUAUGGGCAGAGCAAUGCCUGCCAGGCCCUAGACAGCCUCUACCACACCCAGUGCUUUGUCUGUUGCUCCUGUGGGCGAACUUUGCGCUGCAAGGCUUUCUACAGUGUCAACGGCUCUGUCUACUGUGAGGAGGAUUAUCUGUUUUCAGGGUUUCAGGAGGCAGCUGAGAAAUGCUGUGUCUGUGGUCACCUGAUUUUAGAGAAGAUCCUACAGGCAAUGGGGAAGUCUUAUCACCCAGGCUGCUUCCGAUGCAUCGUUUGUAACAAGUGCCUGGAUGGUGUCCCCUUCACAGUGGACUUCUCCAAUCAGGUGUAUUGUGUCACUGACUACCACAAAAAUUAUGCCCCUAAAUGUGCAGCCUGUGGACAACCCAUCCUCCCUUCAGAGGGCUGUGAGGACAUUGUGAGGGUGAUAUCCAUGGACCGUGAUUAUCACUUUGAGUGCUACCACUGUGAGGAUUGUCGCAUGCAGCUGAGUGAUGAGGAAGGUUGCUGCUGUUUUCCUCUUGAUGGACACUUGCUCUGCCACGGCUGUCACAUGCAGCGACUCAAUGCCCGACAGCCUCCUACCAACUACAUGUGAGCUGUAGUCACUGCUGCUGCCAUCACCGCUGUUGGGAAAUUCCUCAGGCCAGCCUGAGGCAAGGCGUGCACUCUGCAGUCCUUGUGAAGGGUCCUCUGGGGAGGCCCCAAAGGCCAGAGACCCAAAGACCCUAACAUUCCAAAUGGACUGUGGAGAAGGGACCUUCUGGUCUUCCCUGUGUGCAGACUCUGCUGUAGCGUAUGCUUAGUCACACAAAUGGGUUCCAGUACUUUCUGAACAUCAGAUUCUGGUGUAGAUUUCCAUUGUAUAAGUCAAACAAUGUUCUGGCGCUGGAUCAUAGGCGAGAGCAUGGCAGAAGUCACCCCCAACACACGCUCUGUUAUACCCUAGGUAUGGGGUCAGACAUGGGGUCAGUCAGGCAUUUCCACAGUUUGCUUGCUGUCUAGAUGAAGGGGUAGAAACCCUGGACUUUAUAAUGAAUCGUUUCUGGGCCUUCUGUCUAAGGACCAGGAGAGCUCCCCAUCCCUCUUCUGGGAAUGGGACCAGCUCUGGGUGGGCCUGCUGCCUGUGUUGCCUGUUUCUCAGGGACUCAAGUGGACCUGGGGAGGCUAAGUGGGGCCUGUCCUUGGUUGUUCUGCUCAGCUUGGGAAGUAAUGAGCAGGUCUCUGUGGGUGUGGAACUUGCUGGGUGGGAUGUCUAGGAAGCUUCAGGCUAGCCCCACUCCCAGGGUUAAAGUGCACUGAGCCCUGUAGCCCAGCAUGGGUACAUUCAUAUACGUGUGUGUGCAUGCACCCUCCCUCCACACACACUCUUCCCUUUUUCUCAGGUGACUUUUACACUUAGUUCCCUAGUUGUAGCUUACCAUUCAAGACCUCCCACCUUGGCAGGAUCCUGGAUUAUAUCCACAGCCCCACAAUUCAGGCUGGGGGUGCUGGAGGAAACACUUGGAUUUGGUUUGAGAAGUCAGUUUGGCUGAAACUUGAAUUCACCUAAAGUUAGAUGUCUUAAAACCGGUUCACUGAAAACUUGGUCGUUCAGCUCGCUUGAGGACAGGUUGCCAAAAGCUCGUUCCUUGAGAGUGCUUUUAUAUCCACCUGAGCGUUCUAGUCUUUGUAUCACUCCUUGAGUAUUUCAGUGAUUUCUGUUUGUCAACAGUACUUCAGAGUCAUUAACAACAUAAAUUUAUCAGAUUCGUAGCACUUUGUAAAUGAUGACAUUGCUUCUUACCUUUAUGGCUGUCUUUCCCUAUGUUAUCUACUUUUCAAACACUUUUUAAAAAGUUUAAAAGUUUCUAGCAAUAAAUACAAUUGGUUCAGA